GUUAGUGCACGAUUCAAAAAACAACAAUGCGUGCUUUACUAUUCACCUCUGUUGUUCUUUUGGCUUUGGCUUUUGUUGAGGCAAAGAAGCAGACUAUCACUGUCAAGGGUACAACUAUUUGUAAUAAGAAGAGAAUUCAGGCGGAGGUUACCCUUUGGGAGAAAGAUACUCUCGACCCCGAUGACAAGCUCGCCUCAAUGCAAUCGAACAAAGAAGGAGAGUUCUCACUUACCGGAUCCGACGACGAGAUCACCUCAAUCUCUCCAUACCUCAUAAUCACCCACAACUGCAACGUGAAGAAGGCCGGAUGCAAGCGUGUUUCAGAGUAUUUGAUUCCAAAGGAGAAGAUCGGUGGAACCUAUGAUAUGACAUACGUCACUCUUGAUAUUCUUUCCGCUAAAGACAAGGAGAAGUGCUAAGAAAAUGUUUUUUUUGUUUGUUUGCUUGUUUGGAAGGGAAGGACUUUCUAUCUCUUUUAAUUCAACAAUAAACUAUUGGAAAACCUUGAAAUUUUAACCUUGAACUGUAAGAAAAGUUGCGUGAUUAUGUUGACAAUUUUGCCAAGUAUAUCUUUGUGGAUAUCACAAUAAACGAAGUCAAAGCACGAAA